AAUUUCCCUCUCUUCCCCAAACUGGAUAAAAGGAAUUGACUCCAGUUGAGCUCACUUUCUUCCUCGCUCUAUUCACAGGCGAAUACAUACCUGUCCAAUUUGUGUUUGAUUUUACAUAGACUGCUCGAUUAUGGAAACGGAGAAUUCCGUCUCGAAAUCUAGUUCAACUGCGGAUUCCUACAUAGGGAGCUUGAUAAGCUUGACCUCGAAGAGUGAGAUCAGAUACGAGGGUGUCCUUUACAACAUCAACACCGAGGAAUCCAGUAUUGGAUUGAGAAACGUGCGUUCAUUCGGAACUGAAGGAAGGAAAAAGGAUGGUCCACAAGUACCCCCAAGUGACAAGGUCUAUGAGUACAUAUUGUUCCGAGGAAGUGACAUCAAGGACUUGCAGGUUAAAUCUUCCCCACCUGCUCAAACAGCAGCUCCCAUAAACAAUGACCCUGCUAUUAUCCAGCAUUCGCAGUCUCACUAUCCUCGCCCUGUUUCAACAACUACAAACUUGCCUUCUGCUGCUAGUGGACCUCUGACAGAUCUAAGUUCCCACAAUUCUCAAAUGGGACUACCUGGGUCCAAUUUUCAAGGUGGUCUGCCAUUAUAUCAACCUGGAGGAAAUUUAGGAUCAUGGGGAGCCCCACCUCCUCCCCCAACUGCAAAUGGUAGUGGUCUUGCCAUGCCAAUGUAUUGGCAAGGAUAUUAUGGCCCUCCAAAUGGGCUGCCGCAUUUGCACCAGCAAUCUUUGCUUCGUCCCCCACCUGGAUUAUCAAUGCCUUCCUCACUGCAACCAAUGCAAUAUCCCAAUUUUAACACACCCUUGCCAACUGGUCCUUCAAACUUGCAGGGCUCAAGUGUGCCUGAUGUUCCUUCUCCUUUACUUCCUGCCACUACAGUCUCUGCUAAUUUGACCUCAACUUCUUUACCAUCCUUGACUUUGCCUCCAGCACCCUCUGCUUCACUACCCUCAGAAACAUUACCCAGUUUGUUACCUAACAAGGCUCCUAUUUCUGCCCUUCCAACAGCUACACCAGGUUCUGGUUUGCCAGCUUUGCCAGCACUUCCACCUUUGACUACUUCCACUCCAGAGUCAAAUCCUGCUGUACCAAUCUCUAACAAGCCAAAUGUGAUUUCUGGUCCAACCUUGUCAUAUCAAGGCACAUCUCAAUCUUCAUCUUCUAUCCUCAGUUCAUCUAAUUCGGUUAAUGCAGAAGCACCUACACCUUCACUCAUAACCCCAGGUCAGCUAAUGCAGUCUGGAUCUACUGUGGCCUCUUUGUCCCAAUCUUCAAUAACUGCACAGAAAGAUGUGGAGGUGGUUCAAACAUCUGCAUCUGCAUCUGCAUCUGCAUCACCAUCAUCUGAACCAUCAGCAUCGGUGGCCAAAGAAGCUCAGCCACCAAUAUUGCCUUUGCCAGUAUCUUCCCGAGCUGCUCAAAGGGUAAUUACACCAUAUAUUAAUUUUAGUUUAUUUAUUUACCUUCUAUGUUUGUAUGACUAUGUAAAUGUGCAUGAGGUGCCAGAGAUCCUGGUCACGCUCAUAAAUGCUUUUUCUCUUUUGGAUUUGACAUACCCUAGCUUUAUGGAAAUAGAAGGGGUUUUUCAAAUCAAGUGAGCAAUGAAUAGAGGCCUAUUACAGUUGUUGUUUCAAAGGCCUGAAAGGAUGAAAAUGUGGUAAUUCAUCUCCAGUCUGCAUCUUUACUAAGUACUGAUGUCUCUCUUCCUCUGUUUUGGUGUUAUGGAGUUCUAUGUUGUUUGAUAUGAAGUGCUGUUUCAUUUGCUUGACUUGCAGUUUUGACAUUGAGAGUCACAAAACUGCUAGAGUUGAUCUCACAGUGGUUUCAUCUUAAGCUUCUUUCAACUGUCCUUUUGGGGUCCAUCUUUCUGUAGCUUCUGGUUUUAUGUUUCUGUUUCUGUGAGGGAUGCAGUUGUUCUAGAUAGCAGUUUGUCUUGUACUUGUUGACUGAAAAUUGUGCUUUUUUGUUAUAUAUUAGGUUUCCUUGGCUGUGCAAUCCAUGUAC